GCUCCCCGCCUCCCUCCCCGCCCCGGCUGUGAGGGGAGGAAGGGCGGCGCGGCUUCUCCUUCCUCCUCCUCCUCCUCCGGCGGGGAGCGAGGGACGGGGGCGGGGAAGUUUCUGGCACCUUCUGGCCGGGCCGGCGGGCGGCAGCGGGGCCGCGGCAGCGCCAUGGCCAAGUGGGGGCAGGGGGACCCGCGCUGGAUCGUGGAGGAGCGCGCGGACGCCACCAACGUCAACAACUGGCACUGGACCGAGCGGGACGCGACCAGCUGGUCGAAGAGCAAGCUGGAGGAGGUGCUGGUGGGGCUGGUGGUGGAGGGCGAGGCCGGGCGCUGCGAGAUCAGCGACCUGAAGCACGUGGAAGGCGAAGCGUCCUGCAACAGCCGCAAAGGGAAGCUCAUCUUCUUCUACGAGUGGAACCUGCGCCUCAGCUGGAAAGGUACAGUGAAAGAGUCUGGUGAGAAACAUAAGGGAUCAGUUGAAAUUCCUAACCUGUCAGAAGAAAAUGAGGUAGAUGAUACAGAGAUAAACAUUAGCAAAAAGAAAGGGGAAGGUGAUGUUCUGAAGGACCUUAUGAGAACCGAAGGAACCACGAAAGUCAGACAGGCCCUGAGAGAUUAUCUGAAAGCACUUAAAACAGAAUUUACCUUGGGAAUGAUUCUGCCAACAAAAGCUGCUACUGGUCAGGAGGUGGCCACUGAGCAAAAACCAAGUGGGAAUGCCAUGCAAGACUCUGUCUUACCACAGUCCUUGGAUAUAGUUGGUGUAAAAAUUCCAACAGUGAAGAUAUUUAUGAGAGAAAUCUUCAACUCUUCAGCAGAUGAACUUUAUAGCAUCUUCACAACGAAGGAAUUGGUGCAGAAGUUUUCUAAAUGUCCUGCUGUGAUUGAAGCUGAGAAAGGAGGCAAGCUUCAGAUGUUUGAUGGCUGUGUCAGUGGUGAAUAUGCGGAACUGGUCCCAAGCCAAAGAAUCGUCCUGAAGUGGAGGUGUGGGAGCUGGCCUGAGGAACAUUAUGCAACGGUUGCCUUGAUUUUCAAGGCUAUGGCUGCUCAAACAGAACUGCAGUUAGAGUGCAAAGGAGUUCCCGUCUCCAACGAAGACAGCACAAGACAGUGUUGGAAGAAGCAGUAUUUUGAAGAAAUACGUAUUUUACUGCAGCAGUCCAAAGGCGACAUGGAAUGAUAACAGCACCGUAGUUUUGUUAGGGCAUUACUUUUUAUACUUUGUUAACAAUUGGUUUUUUUUUAAAAAAAGUAAUUUAUUUGUGGGAAGAAUAAAGACCCACUUCUAUGAUACUGUAUAUAAUUUAAGCAUUAUUUAUGGAUUUUUAGUGAACGGGGGUGGCGAGUAAGUCAGACUAUGUAAAUCAGCAGCUUCAUUUGAGGAAAGCCAUCUCCGUGCUGCUUGCCUGCAACGUCAGAGAGUAAUAAUGAUUCAGCUGCAGUGAAGUGCUACCAGCAUCGGUGGGUCGGCUGCGCGGAGCAGUAGGAAACAUUUGCAGUUCUUUGAUACUCGGUGUAUCAAGUGGCAAAACUGAAUCCCUCCAGGAGAUGGCAUUCCCAUCAGCAGUGAACAAAGGGAUUAUAAAACUGUUGAAACGGCGGGGCCAGAGUAGUUUACAGCCUCCUUCAAUACUUCCUAAGAUUGCUUUAACUGCAGACUGAAUUUGUUUCUAACAUUGUAGACAGUUUUAAGGAAAGAUUAAUUAAUGUCCUGUAAUUCUGGUUGGCAUGACGGUUACCACUAUUAAGUCUGCAUGCACUGUACCCCCUUACUUGACCUCAGUGUGAAAUUUUUUUGCAAAAAACAAGCGGUAAUAACGCUUUCCUUUUGCAGUUCUGUAAACCUUCCACUGAAAUGAUUGAUGGCCCUCUGCAAUUCCGCAGCUCAAAUUAAAGUGAGCAACUGUUAGAGAAAUUAAGACAGGAGCGUAGCUGGGAUAUUGAAAGUAAAGAAUUUUUACUCUUAAUCAAACCACACUGAGGUCAGGAAGAGUAACUUAAUUCUCAAAUGCUUUAAUAAAACUGUAUUAAUUUAAUAUGCAAUUUGAAACGUACUGACCAAAAAAGGGCAGGCUGCCUUUGGAAAACAUGGUUGGCUCAAUAAACGAUGUGAUUUUA